UUUUUUCAUCUUGGAACUCGAUUCUCUUCGGUGAAACCCUCACUCUCACUCUAUUUUUCCCUCCAAAACCCUCACGGUCCCUUUCAUCUUCCCGCCAUAUCUUUCACAUUCCAAUCCUACUUCUUAAGCCCUCUUCCGAUUCGCUUCUCCGGCGCCGACAAACUAUCUCCGGCUUCGCUCCCCCGGCGGCAGAAGAAUUGAAAAUGACUCCCUUCUGGAGUGAUCGCGUGGACAUUGAUUGUACGGAUACCGAAGUCUUUGACGGCCAUCUUUCACCGCCUACAUGUUCUGGUGAGGAAGCCGAUAAAGCUGCGUGUUCUUCAAGAACAGUUGACUUUUAUGAUGACAUGUUUAAAACUCAAGUAGUGAAUCCUGUAAGUAAUGAGUUUGAAACUCAAUUAGUGGAUCCCCUUGGAGAAACUCAAGUGUUCGAUGUUGCGCGUGAAACCCAAAUCUCGAGUCUCGGUGGUGAAACCCAGGAACUUGAUGAUCCCAUUCCUGAUUGUGUCAAGAAUAUGAACUUUGACACUCAAAUAUUGAAUGAUUCUGAUGGUGAAGAGGCUGGUGAUUGCUAUGAUGAUGAAGGAACAGAGACAACUGAAAUUAAUCUCGAUCUAUCCGGCGAUGAAUCAGCCCAAAGUUAUGAUCAAAUGACCUCUCUCCGUGGACAUGAUGCGCGGAAAGAUUUAGAGGUACUACGAGACACGUUGCCUGAUAAAAAAUGUAAUUCAGGACCCACACGACUUGCUUCGACUCGUGCAGCCUCAUUGCGUGCCUCUGGUUUAGCAGCCCGUAGUUCUGCCAUGAACACUAGAAGCCCCCGGUCUUCUUCUGUAAUGAUUGACAAGAGUAUAGAAAAAUCAUCCUUAAAAGGUUAUCACGUUGAUUGGCAGAGUGAUUUUGGGCAAUUCUGUGAGAUUGAUGGAGAUUCAGGUAACAUUAAGUGCAGAGCUUCGAUUCGUGUGGCUUCAUUGCGUGCCUCUGGUUUAGCAGCUCGUUGUUCUGCCAUGCAGACUAGAAACCCCACGCAUUCGGUUAUGAUCGACAAGGAUGUAGGAAAAUCAUCCUUAAAAGAUAAUCAUGUUGAGCGGCAGGCCGAUCUUAAGUGCAGGGCUGGCAGUUCAGCAGCGAGAAAGCUUUUUGCUGAUGAUUAUAUACCUGUUGGAGAUUUAGGAGAUCUCGACACAAGCCAUGAUGUCAGUGACGUUGACCUGCAUCGUUUGACUGCAUGUGAUGGUGAUCAGUUGGCAGGGUUAAGCUAUGUCGACUCUCAAGAACCAGGGGAUUUGACUCAAGACAAUGCUCUUGAUUUUGUUGAAAAGUUUCUUAAAGAUAAUUCUAUGGAGUUUGAUCAAGGAGGAGGAACCCAUAAAUUGGACGCUAUGGUGCAACCGAAGUCUGUUCCUAACACGAAAGGACAAUAUAAUCUGGCUAACAUUGUUAAUUGUAUGAGAACAGUUGGAGAAUCGAGAGCUUUUGACUGGGACGAUAGUCGAGAAGAUGAAGGAGGUGGAGAUCUUUUCUGCAGAAGGAAGGAAGAGUUCUUCACCGAACCUCAAAAUUUGAAAGGAAAACGAGUAGACUUGAAUGGUGACUGGGAAGAAUGUUUAAGUACAAAAAAUAUGAAAUCGAGGUUAUUUUGUUCUGAUUCACGUCUAGAGUUGAGUAAAGGAAACGAGAACGAGUCAUUCCGAGACGCCUACGUCAAAUGCAAAAUGAACCUAUCCAAUAAGUUGGAUCAGCAGAAUGAUGGCGAAGCAUGUUCGGGAGAGUUGGAAGAUGAUGGCGUCGAUGAUCAACAAGAAGUCUCUAAUGUGGGUUUCGAUACACAGAUGGCAGCUGAGGCAAUGGAAGCAUUAUUCCAUGAUGAGAGUAUCCAUAAGUUAGUUCAUAAUAAUGGUCCAAAGGACUCUUUCAGAGGUUCUCCUUCUGGAAAGCCAGACUCGAGCUCAAAAUCAAGGCGAUCUGCUAGGGGACAUGCUUCUAGUUCUCGGGUUGCCCCUAGGCAGUCGAGAAAAAGAAACCAGAAGUUUUCUGGAACUCUCAGGAACGUGUGUGGAACCGAGACUGUGAAAUUGUCGGAACGGAGUAAGAAAAGAGACGCUGAUGGAAUUGGCCGUGACUCUAGUAAUGGAUGUAACACGGUUCAGAAGCAGCUUUUACGUGGAAAAAUCGUUGAGGUUUCACCUGUUGCACAUCGAACGAGGAAUUCGAUGAUGCUAAAUCAAUCGAAAAAGGCUAAGAUUACAUCUGGUGAACGUGAGCGGUCGGUUACAAAGGUAGGUUCAUCAAUCAAGAAAAGUUGUGGUGAUAGAGCCAAUAGGGAUUCUAAAGCAAAGAGAACAAAAUCUUUAGAGGCUGCAUCCGAGAUUCUCGAAACAAAGUCGAAAGGCUCUGAAAAUCGAGCAAAACGCUCCAUAGGAGAGCGAAAAUCGUGUGAUAUUUUUGUUGGUCCGCUAAGUCUGUCGGAAGAUUUACUUGGACGAACUAUGAAUAAGCGCAAGAGGUCGUGUAACAUGAAGAAAACACGAUCAUCACCUCGUUUAACCGAGAACUUGGAAAGACCAACCAUUGGUAGAUUGUCCAUUGAAGAUUCAAACAGGCCAAAUUCUGUUCAGCAGUUAAAGAAAAAAAACGAUGGAUGUUCGGUUUCUUCUAUUGUAAACACUACGGUCGAUACAUUUCCGAGUAAAAGGCAUAAACCAUCCGACACAGUUUGUGCUACUCCGCCCGAUAACUGUAGGACGCCUAGAAAUGCUGCAUCACCUGUUUGUAUGGGCAGUGAAUAUUACAAACAAUCAUGCAAAAAGGGCCUCUCGAAACCAAGUCUUUUGAAAGAACUUCGUGAUUUAACUGCUCCGGGUUUUGUGUCGGGAUCAUUUCGUACUGAAUCGAGGAAGAGAAAAGAUAUGAAUGACGUUCGAGUCUUGUAUAGCCAACACCUUGAUGAGGACAUAAUCAAACAGCAAAAGAAGACGUUGACUCGCCUAGGGGUUACCGUCGUAUCGUCCAUGACCGAGGCAACACAUUUCAUUGCCGAUAAAUUCGUACGUACGAGGAAUAUGUUAGAAGCCAUUGCUCGGGGUAAGCUUGUCGUGACACACCUAUGGAUUGAGAGUUGUGGACAGGCAAGCUGCUUCAUCGACGAAAAGAAUUACCUCCUACGAGACGCCAAGAAGGAGAAGGAAUUUGGCUUUAGCAUGCCAGGUUCUUUGGCAUGUGCUCGCCAGCGUCCUCUUCUCGAGGGUCGACGCGUGUUGAUUACUCCAAAUACAAAGCCUGGGAAAGACGUCGUUUCGAGAUUGGUCAAGGCAGUAAAGGGUCAGGCAGUAGAAAGAAUCGGGAGGUCUAUGGUGAAGGAUGAUCAAAUUUCAGAUGAUUUGUUGGUUUUGUCGUGCGAAGAAGAUUACAAUAUGUGCAUGUCUUUUCUUCAAAAAGGCGUCUCGGUGUAUAGUUCUGAGUUGUUACUUAAUGGGAUCGUAACUCAGAGGCUUGAAUUUGAAAGGCAUCGUCUUUUUGCAGAUCAUGUCAAGAGGACUCGUUCGACGAUAUGGCUCAAGAAAGAUGGAAAUAAGUUCUAUUCUGUUACCAAACGUCGAUAACUUUGUUACAUAAUCGUCUCGCAGUGUAUAUUAUAUAGUUUUGAUGUGCUCUAUGUAUUAGAUUUCAUAGUUUAAUGUAAAUGCUUAGGCGCUAAUAGGGUAAGUGCAUGUUAUAAUUUUAUUUAUUUAUCUUAUUAUCAUAAGGUUAUGCAAAAUGCAAUUAUAUU